GCCAAAGUGUAUUUAGUCCAGUUUUCUUAUUUUUAACUGUAAGGCUUACAUUCGCCCGUUUCUGGCCGGCACAUGGCGAGCCCCUCUGUUAAGAAAGUCAGUAUUAAAAUAAGCGUCUUGACGCUCGCAAGGCGUCCGCAGCAUCAACACACACAUACACACACACAGUCGACCGUACGCAUCCACUAACACACACACAUACACACACAUAUAUAUAUAUAUAUACACGGUCUCUCUUUCUGAUACAUAGAAGACUACAUACAUCCACGCGUACACACAUAUAUGUAUAUACCGGAGUAAGACAGAAGCUUGAGAACAACUCGUGUUGAAAUGGUGUUGCGAGUGGUGCUGCUGCACGUGGAUGAUGAUUCCGUCCCUUUAAAACGUCUUCGACUUCGCCCAUAAGAGUCGACUGAACGCGGCGCGUUUUAAUGUGCGUGCACUUCCGGAAAUUACAAUUAACGAGUGAUGGAACCGGAAAUCCAACAUGUGACGUUUAAUUAAAUAAAUUAAAAAAAAAACAGAUAAGCAAACUCAAAUGCAAAACGGAGUAAAUAUCUGAAAAAAAUAGAGAACUUUUGGAAAAAUCAGUGCUAUUUGUUUAUGCCCGAAACCGGGAGAGUUUGAAAGAAAACAUGCAUUUCAAAGACCUCGCUCGUAAAAUUUAGAACGAAUUGCAAAACAUUCCUUUAUCUAAACAACACUCACAACAAAACCAUCCGCUAAUUAAUAGUAAGCGCGUUUCGGAAAUCGAAAAUCCGGACUGGUAACCCCAACCGUCAUAAUGAAUUAACAAUCCAAUCCUUUGCUCUGAUGAAAUCCAUGUUGGUGGUGAUCAAAGUGUGCCUGUCGCCGUCCCAAAUCCUUCAGGAUUGAGGGGGGAACGAUGUUGGACAUUUUCCGGGGCCUGAAAACUCUUAUUAAGGUCAGCAGCAUCCACAUCGACUCGCCAGUUUUCCGGCUCCACUAUUCAAUCACUGUGCUGAUCCUGUUCGCCUUCAGUUUGAUUGUGACUACAAGGCAGUACGUCGGCAAUCCCAUCGAUUGCGUUCACACCAAAGAUAUCCCCGAAGAUGUGCUCAACACCUAUUGCUGGAUUCACUCGACUUAUACGGUCAAAGGCGCCUUUAACAAAAAGGUCGGCGUCGAAGUGCCUUACCCCGGAGUCGAAACCUCCAAGGACGAGAAGGACAAGAAACUCUACAAGUAUUAUCAAUGGGUGUGCUUUUGCUUGUUCUUCCAAGCCAUUUUGUUUUAUACGCCGAGAUGGCUAUGGAAGUCCUGGGAAGGAGGAAAAAUUCGCGCUCUGAUGUUGGAUCUGGAUAUUGGAAUUUGCGCGGAAAAUGAGAAGAGGAUGAAGAAACAACUCAUGAUUGACUACUUAUUAGAGAAUUUCACCUACCACAAUUGGUGGGCCUAUAAAUACUAUUUUUGUGAAGUGCUAGCCCUUAUAAACGUCAUAGGGCAAAUGUUUCUCAUGAAUCGAUUCUUUGACGGUGCCUUUCUAUCCUUUGGGAUCAGAGUGCUAGAAUUUAUGGACAGCGACCAGGAAGAUCGCAUUGAUCCGAUAAUCCAGGUGUUCCCGAAAAUGACUAAAUGCACUUUCUAUAAAUACGGCGUCUCCGGUGAAGUGGAGCGCCACGAUGCGAUCUGCAUCUUACCUCUGAAUGUAGUUAACGAGAAAAUAUACGUGUUCCUUUGGUUCUGGUUCAUACUCCUCGCCAUGCUUACACUACUGACAAUAGUCUACAGGAUCAUAAUUAUUCUAUCUCCCAGGAUGAGGAUGUACCUCCUCAGGAUGAGGUACAGGCUUAUGAAGAAAGAGGACAUCGAUUUGAUCGUUCGCCAAAGUAAGAUGGGCGACUGGUUCUUGUUUUACAUGCUGGGAGAGAACGUGGAUUCCGUGAUAUUCCGGGACGUCAUUCACGAAUUGGCCAGGAAGUUACGCGGUCAUCAUCUCGACUUCCCGCGCGGAUUCAAAAACGAUAUGCAAGAACCAUAGUUUGAGCAAUUCCGAUUACGAUAUGAUCCGAAAACGAAUAGUUUUAUAAUCGUAUAUAUAAAAAAGAAAAACAAAAUGCUCAUAGAUUAAAAUGCCUUCAAUAUAUAUAUAUAUAUACAAAAAAAUAUUCACUGCCUUUGUAAUGUUUGUGGCUAAAAUAAUAAGUGCAUAUAUUAAUGUUACUUUAUUUAUAAGAAGGAAAUAUGCACAAAGAUACGUGAGAUGUAAAAGACAUAUAUGAAACUUUUGUUUGACGAAAACAUUGUCCUUUUUUUAAAAUAUAUCCUUAUUUCUUUGCCAAAUAUUUAAUAAUAAUAUGUGUUCGUCUAGUUACAUGUGUAAACUAAAUGCAAUGAUUGGAAGUGGUUUACUUCGCUACUCCGCGAACCUUUAAAUCUAUCAUCGUUCCGUUUUGUUUAAAUUACUAGAAUGGAAACGACGACAGCUUUAUUACUAUUAAUUGUUUCGUUAUUUUUAUUUUCUAGCUGUUUUUGUUUCGUUUU